AUGAAACAUUGGUGUUUAUAUGUUUUGGCUGCGAUUUUCAUUAUCAAUGUGAAAGCGGAACCAACGGAAACAGAAUAUUCAGCUAACACUGAGAACGAACGAAAUGUCAAUGUUCAAACAAGGCAGGAGAGAGCGAAAAUCGAACAUUUUAGAAGAAUGUUUAUUUUGAAUUCGAUAGCUCAUGCAUCGAAAAGAAGUGAUGUACAAAUACCACGAAUUUCCAUAUUCGUCAAUGAAACGGCCGAAGCUAUAAAGGCUGAAAAGCGGAGGAAAGAUGCCCGAGAAGACAGAAUCAACUAUUUAAAGCAUGUUAUCGGAAAUUUGGAUAGACGUGGAAACGCAACUACUUCAGGAACGAAUGAGAAAACUGAUGGAUAA